AUGCUGCCGACACUCAUCUUUCAGCUGUGCGGCCUGCAAUCGUUUGCCACCGAGUCGUUUCCGGUGCUGUCCGCACUGGCCCUCCUCUGGUGCACCGCCAACAUUGUCCUGUACGUCGGUGUCCUUGUGUUUUGCGUGGCCGAACGAAAGUGGCUUUUCGCCGACCCGCGACACCCGGCGAGCGGGCGGAUCAAUUUCAUUCCCUUCAUCAAAAGCUCGAUCACCGUCGUGGCGCACCUGUUGGUCCUUCUCGAGGCGUUCCUGGCACGGAACGCGUACCGUGCCAUAGACCGGCGGUUCUCGGCGAUCGAUGGCCAGCUGCAGUGGCUGACGGGUUCGGCGGCCAGCGCGGAUUUGCUUCUGGCCAAUCGGCGCUAUCGGAACAAGUUGCUAGUGUUUGUGCUUGUCGUGUGCACCGCCGAACUGGGUGUUCUGGCGAAUCUGGUCACGGGCUCGGUCCAGCAGGCGAUCUGGUUCCUGACGGUGCCGUCGCUCUUCAUCAUCCGCCUCAAGCAUCUGCACCACACGUACCACAUUGACCGGCUGGCCGCGCGGUUUGGGGUCCUGUGCCGGCAGCUGACUUCAAUCGUCAGUGGAAACAGGGGCGAGCGUAAGGAGUCCCGUUGGAACGUGCUCCAUCGGGCCGAGCCAUCUGCCUGGCCAACGGUCAACACCGGCCGUGAAGUGAACAGUGUCCAGCGAAUGUUGCGCAUCCAAAGGACGUACCUGUCCCUGUGGCACACUGCCUCAGACCUGAACGGCUGCUGCGUCUACUCGCAACUGGUCAACCUGCUCCAAAACUUUAUACAGUGCACUUGCGACCUCUACACGAUGUACUCGCUGCUCUAUCUCAAUCAGUUUGACGAUAUUUUCGGAUAUAUUUUGAGCAUCGUGGCAACGUUCGCAGCACUCGGCAUCCUGCUGGCAGCCUGCGAGAACUGCAAAAGCCAGGUUAGCCAGAUGGGACAAUUGUUGCACCAUCGGAACGGUGACGAAGUGGAUCUGCUCGGCAAAAUGGUUGAAAGCUUGUCCCUCUUGCUUCAGCACACUCCGCUCUACUUCUCGCUGGGCGGAUUUUUCGACCUGGACUUGGUCCUGUUGAAAGAGAUGGCAGCUGCAAUCGCGACUUACAUGGUCAUUUUUAUACAGUUUAUGCCGAAGGAGGAUGCAACCGCCGCAUCGGAGUCAGUCGUGGGGAACGUCUCGGUCUCGCCAUCGAUCACGCCGUUGCCUGAAUGA